CAUCAGUAAAGAUAAUUCCUUCAUAAAUGUUCCCCUUUUUGAUUUCUGUAAAUUUUUGAAUAGGCCUAAGCCUUAAAAUUAAAGAACACCACUAAAAAUUUGAAGUCAUAUUGAUUCUGCAUGUUAUUGUUCGAUUUAUCAGGAUUUUUCUAAGGAUUCGUGAUCAGAUUAGUACUUCAUAUUAACCAUGAAUGGGUUUAUUGCUGUUCACUGUGGUGCAGGCUACCACAGUGAGUCUCUAAAAAAGGACUACCAAAAAACAUGUUUUGUAGCUUGCAGAAAAGCUGCAGAGAUACUCUCACAGGGAGGAAAUGCUGUUGAUGCUGUAGAAAAAGCCAUUAUAGAGCUUGAAAACAGCCCCCUCACCAAUGCUGGAUAUGGUUCCAACUUAAGCUGGAAUGGAUUAGUUGAGUGUGAUGCUUCCAUUAUGAAUGGGCAAACAUUACAUUUUGGUGCUUGUGGUGCUGUAUCAAAUGUUUGGAACCCAAUAUCUCUGGCAAAACAAUUAUGUAUGAAGCAAUGUGAAAGCUUGUCACUAGGUCGCAUACCCCCAUGCAUUCUCACCGGGCGAGGAGCUAGGAGCUGGGCCGAAAGGAUGGGCUUACAAAUUGUCGACGAUAGCAAGAUGGUCUCAGCCAAAGCAUUUCGCAAUUACAAACACUCCAAAAGAAAGUUGAAAAGAUACUCACUGCAAAAUGACUUAAAAUUCAGUCCUCUAGACACAGUGGGAGCUAUAUGUGUCGAUUCUAAUGGAAUAGUGGCAUCGGGGGCUAGCUCAGGUGGAGUUUCCUUGAAGCAUGAAGGUAGAGUAGGUCAAGCUGCCUCAUUCGGCAGCGGAGUCUGGGCUGUUAUGAGCAGAGAUGGUGCUAAGCCAUCGGUAGCGGCCUGCACAUCGGGCUGUGGGGAGCAUCUCAUUAGAACACAAUUGGCCAAAAAUACUGCAGAGAGCCUACUAGAAACGUCCCCAGUGCUAGGCCUCGAUAAAUGUUUGCAAGAUAACUUUUUGAAGUCACCAUUUCUUUGGGAUGUUUCUGAAAGACUUGGUGGUACAUUGGGACUGGUAUUUAAUUCUGAUGUUGGAGAUGGAGAACUCUUAUGGGGUCAUACAACAAAAACAAUGUGCAUUGGCUAUAUGUCAACAGAAACAGCAAAACCAAAGUGUGUUAUAUCUUAUUUGCCACCAAGAGUCAAUUCGGGACAGAAAGCUGUAGUUUCAGGGUUGCCAUUCAAAAUUACGAUGACACCAUGUCCAGUAUUACAAUGGGACAUAAAGACUGACCUUCCGAAUGGAUCUCACUAGUUUUAAGUCAUUUAUUUAUUAGAAACAAUAUUAUGUAAAAGAAAAAUAA